AUGGUUGGCAUCACACAUCUUGUAUAUGUCGAUGAUUUGAUGUUGUUUGCACGGGCGGAUGAGCCCUCAAUAAAAGUAUUAGCAAAUUGUUUGGAGGUUUUUGGCAAUGAAGCAGGACUUCGGGCUAAUUCAUUGAAGUCUCAUAUGUAUAUGGCGGGGAUUGAUGAUAGAAUGAAGAACAGAUUACUCCAACUUAUUGGAUUUCAGGAAAGAACAUUUUUAUGUCAGUACUUGAGGAUUCCACUAGCGGCGGAGAAGUUAUGGAUUACAAACUAUGGAUCAUUAUUUGAUACUAUUACAAGGAUGAUUAAUUCUUGGCCAAAUCACACCUUAUCUUAUGUGGGGCGCUUGGAGUUGGUGAAGACGGUGCUUCAAGGUGUGGAGUGUUAUUGGCUUUCCAUGCUCCCUAUUCCUAGCGUUGUCACUGCAAAGAUCAAAGUAAUAUGUCGUACCUUUGUGUGGUUAUCAAAGCACCCUCCUAUUCCUUGGGUCACUAUGUGUCUUUCUCGACAUGAUGGUGGUUAUGGACUACGAGACCUACAUGCAUGA